UGCAGAUUUAUAGAUACACCCAUUCCUUAUUUAACCUUUUCCCGUUUGCCUUAUCAAUUCCCAGACAAAUCUUUAUCGCAUCACCGUGCAGGCCUGCGGGGCAAAAAUUUAAGAAAUUUGUAUCUACAAUACAAUUCGACGUUGUGUCUUUGAACCUGAAAGGUUCACUAAAAUACUUCAUUUUCUACAAGAAUAAAUCCGACAAAAAUUAAAAGCGAGAAGAUAUAGUAGCCAUGGCUAAAAGCGCAAUUUCGAAAAAGAAGAGAGCUCCUUCUAUUCACUCUAGGGCUGCGAGGCGUGCGACAUCUCCAGGUAUUGACACCGACAAGUCACUCAAAAACGUCCAACCCCCUCCCGAAUCAGUCGACUAUCGCCCUUCUGUACUUGCUAUACACAAUGGAGCAGGGAUCACGAAGAAGACAAAGAAGAGCAGAAACAUGAGCUCAAAGGCGCGAAGAAGGCAUGAAAAAGAUCAGGAUCGUGCUGCUGCGAUCAUGGAGAGAACGGAGCAAAAGGUUGCGAAAAGUAAAGGCCAAGCUCGAACGAUUCAAUCCCGGAGAAAAACUUGGGAUGAGGUCAAUGACCAGAUACCAACGAACAAGACCAAGUCCGAAGGAGGCGCCGGUGGCGAAGACGACCAGGAAGUAUCCGAGUUAGACGAGGAAAUGGACGGGGGUCAUGUUGAGAAGAUGACCGAAAGCGCUUUGGCUAUAGAUCGAACUCCAUUACAAGAUGCAAUGGACGCGGAACAGAACGACGGGAUCUUAUGAGAUUUUGAAGGGAGGCUAAAGGAGUUAACCGGGAGUUAUUGGCGUAAUAUAGUCAUGCCUAGCUCAUCUUUCUAGGCCUGAACAGGUCGUUUUAAUAUAUGUCUUUUUUUUUAUAACACCAAAAUGUGGCCGUUAGAUUCAUUGAAUUUAAAUUCAAGCUUGGAGACCCCGCUGUAAAUGAUUAUGGUUAUCGAUAACAUGAAGCUCUACAUAGCGGCCCCACACCAAUUCCGCUAGGAGGGACAUGGAGGGUAGAUUUAUAUGUGGAACUUAAUCUCAAUAC